UGGGAUGUGAGAGUUCUCUUCGGGUGGUUGCAAUCAUUGAAAAUGCAGAGUCUGGUAUUAUUUCUAUGGUGCUCCUUUAUGUUCCUGGUUUUUCUCGUAUCAUUGGCCAGUUCCGAGGAGAAUAACCGAUCCGUUUGUGUACUAAGCGAUGCUCCAAAUCAGUGUGGGCAAUUCUGCCUCAGCAAACUGCAUCCAAUGCUCAAUAUGAUUCCCGAAACCGAUGUAAAGCUGGACAGGAUCCAAGAAGAGCAACAGGCCAUACAGACCCGACUCCAGGCUGUGCAAUUUUGGCUGCAGGUCCAGUGGACCAUAAUCAAGGGAUCCCUGAAGGAGAUAACCCCAGAAGUCUUCGAGGCGAGGCUAAACGAAACGGAGAAACAGCUCCUAGCUCUAAUUUCCGAGACAAAGAACCAGUUUAACCUAGUGCAGAAAUCGAUUAAUGAUCAGAGCUCAGUCGUUCAGUUGCAAAUAGAUGCCAAACUCCUUGAAGUCCAGACCAAGCUAGAUGACCAGAGUAAGGUCAUUCAAGAGUCCUGCAAAAAUGCCACAGGGCAAGGGGAUUUUGAGGCGAUACUGCAACGAAUAGGAGGACAACUGGAGGAGCUGAAAAGCCAACUCCAGUUGCUGCAAACCAAUAUAGGCAACCAAAUCGAGGAGGUAAAAUCCGUAAUGGAAGGUCAAUUUCAGGCAGUGCAGUCUAGGCUGGAGGGCCAGCAGAAAACCUUUGAGGGGGCCCUCAAAACGGUCGUGACAAAAGAUGAUUUCGAAGCAGGACUUCAGGAAGUGCUGGCUAAAAUGGAGAAGCACCAAGCUGCUUUUCAGGAAAUUCUGACCAAAAUCAAUGUGAAAACCGUACCGCCAAUGUUUGAGAAAAUCGGCGAGCGAUACUUCCACAUCGAAAAUAACUAUAAACUAAAUUGGAUCUCGGCGGCGGCCACCUGUCGCAAGAUGGGUGGGUAUCUAGCCUCGAUCAGGGACCAUCAGGAACUGAAUGCCCUGCUAGCCAAACUACGAGGUGUCUACUGGACGGGGACCAACGAUCGGGAAAAUGAGGGCCACUUCGUGUCUGAGGCCUCUGGCAAGACACCAUUUUUGAAGUGGCGACCUGGCGAGCCCAACGAUUUCCGUGGCAAUGAGGAUUGUGUGGAAAUCAUUGAGGAGGUGAUGAAUGACACUGACUGUGCCAAGGCGUCCUUCUUCAUUUGCCAGGCAGACAAUGAAGUGUAAAUCGAAAAAGAAAGUUGCAGAUGUAUUCUUUCGGUUUUAACGUACCUUAAAUAAAUAAUCAAAUAAAUAAAAACGACACGAUUACGAACAAA